AUAAGAUAAAUAAGAAGAUCCCACUAUUGCAGCAAAAGAAAAAACACACACACCCAUAUAUUACGCUCUUCUUGUUCUUUCUCUCGAUUACAAUGGAAAAUUGUGAGGAAUACCAGAACUAUUGGGAGACCAAAAUGUUCCUCCAAAAUGAAGAGCUUGAUAGCUGGGCAAUCGAUGAGGCGAUUUCGGGGUACUACGACUCGAGUUCGCCGGACGGAGGACCAUCGGCGGCGUCAAAGAACAUAGUUUCAGAGAGGAAUAGGAGGAGAAAGCUCAAUGAAAGACUCUUUGCACUUAGAGCUGUGGUCCCCAACAUUAGCAAGAUGGACAAGGCUUCAAUAAUUAAAGAUGCAAUUGAUUACAUCCAAGAAUUGCAUGAGCAAGAGAAGAGAAUCCAAACAGAGAUUUUUGAACUUGAAUCUGGAAAAUUAAAGAAAUACCCAUCUGGGUUUGUGUUUGAUCAACAAGAACUUCCACUGUUGUUGAAGCCCAAAAGGAAGAAGCUUGAACAACAAUUCUAUGACUCUGCAGGGUCCAGAAUUUCCCCAAUUGAAGUUCUUGAAUGUAGAGUUGUGUACAUGGGAGAGAAGACACUGUUGGUGAGCUUGACAUGUAUAAAAAGAACAGACACCAUGUUUAAGCUAUGUGAAGUGUUUGAGUCUUUGAAGCUCAAAAUCAUUACAGCCAAUAUAACCACCAUCUCAGGCAGGCUGUUGAAGACAGUCUUCAUUGAGACAGAUGAAGAGGAGAAAGAUGUUUUGAAGAUAAAAAUAGAGACGGCAAUUGCAGCUCUAAGUGAUCCACAGAGUCCUACGAGCAUGUAAUGAUGACAAAGACAUGCUUUUCUUUCUGUGUGUUGGGUCUUUUCACAAUUUUCUAAGUGUUUCCAGCUAUAUUGUUCUUGUUUUAGGAGAACCACUCAUAGUUGAGGGGUGUGUCUGUAUGUCUACUUUUUCGUUAAAUAAUAAAAUCUUGAGAGCAAUUGUGGCAACCGAAA